UGGGCGCGCCGAGCCGGGCGCGGGGGCGCUGAGCGCGGGCGGGCGCGGCCGGAGGAGCCAUGGACUGCAGCCUGGUGCGGACGCUCGUGCACAGAUACUGUGCUGGCGAAGAGAACUGGGUGGACAGUCGGACCAUCUACGUGGGGCACAGGGAGCCCCCCCCAGGUGCUGAGGCCUACAUCCCGCAGAGGCACCCCGACAACAGAAUCGUCUCCUCCAAGUACACAUUUUGGAACUUCAUACCCAAGAACUUAUUUGAACAAUUCAGAAGAAUAGCCAACUUUUAUUUUCUUAUCAUAUUUCUGGUACAGUUGAUCAUCGACACCCCCACGAGCCCCGUAACCAGUGGGCUUCCGCUGUUCUUCGUCAUCACGGUCACGGCUAUCAAACAGGGCUAUGAGGACUGGCUUCGCCAUAAGGCGGACAACGCCAUGAACCAGUGCCCUGUGCAUUUCAUCCAGCACGGCAAGCUGGUUCGGAAGCAGAGCCGAAAGCUGCGGGUCGGGGACAUCGUCAUGGUCAAGGAGGACGAGACCUUCCCCUGUGACUUGAUCUUCCUCUCCAGCAGCCGCGGGGACGGGACCUGCCACGUGACCACCGCCAGUUUAGAUGGAGAGUCCAGUCACAAAACCCACUAUGCCGUUCAGGACACGAAGGGGUUUCAUACGGAAGAAGAUAUAGACGGCUUACACGCCACGAUUGAGUGUGAGCAGCCCCAGCCCGACCUGUACAAGUUCGUCGGCCGCAUCAACGUCUACAACGAUCGGAACGACCCUGUGGUGAGGCCCCUGGGGUCGGAGAACUUGCUUCUCAGAGGAGCCACGCUGAAGAACACCGAGAAGAUCUUUGGUGUUGCUAUUUACACGGGCAUGGAAACCAAGAUGGCAUUAAAUUAUCAGUCGAAAUCCCAGAAACGAUCUGCUGUAGAAAAAUCCAUGAACGUGUUCCUCAUUGUGUACCUCUGCAUUCUGAUCAGUAAAGCGCUGAUAAACACCAUCCUCAAGUAUGUGUGGCAGAGCGAACCGUUCCGAGACGAGCCGUGGUAUAAUCAGAAAACUGAGUCAGAAAGACAGAGGAACCUGUUCCUCAGGGCGUUCACGGACUUCCUGGCCUUCAUGGUCCUUUUCAACUACAUCAUUCCCGUGUCCAUGUACGUCACGGUGGAGAUGCAGAAGUUCCUGGGCUCGUAUUUCAUCACCUGGGAUGAAGAAAUGUUUGACGAGGACACAGGGGAAGGGCCUCUGGUCAACACCUCGGAUUUAAAUGAAGAAUUAGGACAGGUCGAGUACAUCUUCACGGACAAAACCGGCACGCUCACGGAGAACAACAUGGAGUUCAAGGAGUGCUGCAUCGAGGGCCACGUGUACGUGCCGCACGCCGUGUGCAACGGGCAGGUGCUCCCCGGAACCUCUGGCAUCGACAUGAUCGACUCCUCCCCGGGCGCCGGCGCCAGGGAGCGAGAAGAGCUGUUUUUCCGGGCCCUGUGUCUGUGCCACACCAUCCAGGUGAAGGAUGACGAUGACACGGACGGCCCGAGGAAGUCACCAGACUCGGGGAAAUCCUGUGUGUACAUCUCGUCUUCUCCCGACGAGGUGGCCCUCGUCGAGGGUGUCCAGAGACUUGGCUUCACGUACCUGCGGCUGAAGGACAACUACAUGGAGAUCUUAAAUAGGGAGAACGACGUGGAAAGGUUUGAAUUGCUGGAAAUUUUGAGUUUUGACUCAGUAAGAAGGAGAAUGAGUGUGAUUGUAAAAUCUGCUACAGGAGAAAUUUAUCUGUUCUGCAAAGGAGCAGAUUCUUCAAUAUUUCCCCGAGUGAUAGAAGGCAAAGUCGACCAGAUCCGGGCCAGAGUGGAGCGCAAUGCAGUGGAGGGACUUCGAACCUUGUGCGUUGCCUACAAAAGGCUUGUUCCGGAAGAAUAUGAAGGUGUUUGUGCACUGCUGCAGGCCGCCAAAGUGGCUCUUCAGGACCGAGAGAGGAAGCUAGCAGAGGCCUACGAACAAGUAGAGAAGGACCUCAUCCUGCUUGGUGCCACGGCUGUGGAGGACAGGCUCCAGGAGAAAGCUGCCGACACCAUAGAAGCCCUGCAGAAGGCCGGGAUCAAAGUCUGGGUUCUCACCGGGGACAAGAUGGAGACGGCAGCUGCCACCUGCUAUGCCUGCAAGCUGUUCAGGAGGAACACGCAGUUGCUCGAGCUCACCACCAAGAAGAUCGAGGAGCAGAGUCUACACGACGUCCUGUUUGAGCUGAGCAAGACCGUCCUGCGCCACAGCGGGAGCCUAACCAGGGACAACUUCUCAGGACUCUCAGCCGACAUGCAGGACUACGGUUUGAUCAUUGACGGAGCGGCGCUGUCCCUGAUCAUGAAGCCCCGUGAGGACGGGAGCUGUGGCAACUACCGGGAGCUCUUCCUGGAGAUCUGCCGUAACUGCAGCGCUGUGCUGUGCUGUCGCAUGGCACCCCUGCAGAAGGCUCAGAUUGUUAAAUUAAUCAAACUUUCGAAAGAGCACCCUAUUACUUUAGCUGUCGGCGACGGCGCCAACGACGUCAGCAUGAUCCUGGAGGCGCACGUGGGCAUCGGCGUCAUUGGGAAGGAAGGUCGUCAGGCGGCAAGGAACAGCGACUAUGCGGUCCCGAAAUUUAAGCACCUGAAGAAGAUGCUGCUCGUUCACGGGCAUUUCUAUUACAUCAGGAUAUCAGAGCUCGUGCAGUACUUCUUCUAUAAGAAUGUCUGCUUCAUCUUCCCUCAGUUUUUAUAUCAGUUCUUCUGUGGAUUUUCACAACAGACUUUGUAUGACACUGCCUACCUGACUCUCUACAACAUCAGCUUUACCUCCCUCCCGAUCCUUCUGUACAGCCUGAUGGAACAGCACGUCAGCAUCGACACGCUGCGGAGAGACCCCUCCCUCUACAGAGAUAUCGCCAAGAACGCUCUGCUCCGUUGGCGUGUGUUCAUCUACUGGACAUUCUUAGGAGUAUUUGAUGCUCUGGUAUUUUUCUUUGGUGCUUACUUCAUGUUUGAAAACACAACAGUGACCAGCAAUGGACAGAUCUUUGGAAACUGGACCUUUGGGACGCUGGUGUUCACUGUGAUGGUAUUUACGGUCACACUAAAGUUGGCACUCGAUACGCACUACUGGACUUGGAUAAACCACUUUGUCAUCUGGGGGUCUCUGCUGUUCUACGUUGUCUUCUCCCUCCUCUGGGGAGGGAUUAUCUGGCCGUUCCUGAAUUACCAAAGGAUGUACUAUGUGUUCAUCCAGAUGUUGUCCAGCGGCCCUGCCUGGCUGCUCAUCAUCCUGCUCAUCACUGUCAGCCUCCUUCCUGACGUUCUCAAGAAAGUCCUGUCCAGGCAGCUGUGGCCCAGUGCCACAGAGAGAGUCCAGACUAAGAGCCAGUGCCUUUCUGUCGAGCAGUCCACCAUCUUUAUGCUCUCUCAGACCUCCAGCAGUCUGAGUUUCUAACGGAACAAG